CUUAGCGCGCGCUUUGUGCGAGCUGAUGUAGUUCGCUGUGGUUUCCCGCUCCCUACAAACAUGGCCAUUCGGCUGGAGGCGGCGCUCUCUGUUGUUGUGUUGCAGCCUUGAAGACGUCCACGAAUCCUUCGCGGUAUUAUUGAUGAUGACCCAAACAGUUCAGACCAAUGGGGUCCAGCCCCUCAGUAAGACCUGGGAGCUGAGUCUGUAUGAGCUGCAGAGAACUCCACAGGAGGCCAUAACAGAUGGACUGGAGAUCGCAGUGUCGCCUAGAUCCUUGCACAGUGAACUUAUGUGUCCCAUCUGCCUGGACAUGUUGAAGAACACAAUGACGACCAAAGAAUGUCUGCAUCGCUUCUGUGCCGAUUGUAUCAUCACAGCGUUGAGAUCUGGAAACAAAGAGUGUCCGACCUGUCGUAAGAAGCUGGUGUCAAAGAGGUCGCUGCGUCCAGACCCAAACUUCGAUGCUCUGAUUAGUAAGAUCUACCCCAGUCGUGACGAGUAUGAAGCCCACCAGGAGAGGGUUCUGGCACGUAUCAGCAAACACAACAAUCAGCAGGCCCUGUCCCACAGCAUAGAGGAGGGGCUGAAGAUCCAGGCCAUGACCAGACUGCAGCGCGGGAAGAGACACACGGUGGAAAACGGCAGCGGAGCUGAAGACAACGGAGACUCGUCCCACUGUAGCAACGCCUCUGUCCACAGCAACCAGGAGGCGGGGCCAAGCAUUAAACGCACCAAGAUGAGUGAUGACAGCGGGCUGGACAUGGACAACACUGUUGAGAACGGAGGCGGGGACUCUGUGAUGGACGGGGGCGCCAGCGAGAUAGAGUUGGUGUUUAGGCCACACCCCACACUGAUGGAGAAAGAUGACGGCCACAGCAGUGUGGAGUUUGUCCCUCGCUACAUUAAGACAUCUGGUAAUGCAACGGUGGACCACCUAUCCAAGUACCUGGCUGUCCGGCUGGCUUUAGAGGAGCUGAGAAGAAACGCCGAUGCCAGCCCAGUUAACGUGGAGGCGGCCUCAGAGAAACAGUACACCAUCUACAUCCCCACUCCUGGAAACCAGUUCACGGUUCUGAACGGUUCCUUCUCCCUGGAGCUCGUCAGUGAGAAGUACUGGAAGGUGAACAAACCCAUGGAGCUGUACUUCGCCCCCACUAAAGAACACAAGUAGAGAGGAGAAGUGCCCACAUUGAGUCAGAGGAUGGCCCGGGUAUCUGCUGCUCCAACCGACGGAGCAGUUGUGAGGCUGCAGCGACGGCGGGUUUGCAGGAGCCAAACAGACUUUUGUAAAAAGAAAACAAACCAUGUUUUAUAUCUUUGUGAUUUUCCUCCCGGUAGUAGCAGAUCAAGAGAGCAGACCAACUGAUCCUCCACAGAAAGCAGCCGGUCUGACCGGCUUCAUGUUGGGUCUGUGCUCCGUCACGCUCGCUGCUUCAGGCCGACGCAGAGGGAGGGCCUGAAGCACUAAGUGCUCAGCUUUCUGUCAUGAAGCGAGCAGUGAGCCGCUCGUCCUCUGAAGGCUGCACGGCUGACCCAGGGUCUCCGUCUGCUGUCCUGUUCUGCUGUCCGUAGGAACAAACUGUUCUUGUAUCUGUGGUUCAUUCUUUUAUAAACGUCUUUUGUAGCGCAGUGAGGGAGCAGUGUUUUACUAUGGGGGGGGACCAUUUCAGUAUUGACUUUUCCACAGAUCAAGUUUUGUCAGUUCGUCCCGCAGACCCACUCUUGUGUAGGUUUGAUUCCUGUGCAGCUCUCGAGUCUGAAUGUAGAAGUGAGACUCUGACGGCUCCAGAAGGCGCCACGGGAUUGUGAAGCUCAGCAGGUUCGACUCCACUUCCACGUCCUUUGGGCUGCGUUCAUCAGCACGCCGGUCCAUCAGUCUGCAGGAGAACUGCUCAUGCUGGGGUCAGUUCAUCUCUCACCCGAAGUGUUUAGUUGGACAACGCAGAACAAAGGUUCAAUGAAAUGACUCGUCGCGUCAAAGUUUGCAAUAUUUACUGGAUCGGAGUCAGAAAAUGAGAACUGUUUCCAAAAACUCCAAAUGGUCUUACAGUGUCUGGGUCAGGAUGGGGGAGUCACGUGUGCCACUUUCUUCUCAUUUUGAAUUGAAGAGCUGCUGGAUCCAUGCUGGACUGAGGUUCUAGUCCCGUCUUCAUGUGGACUGGUUUUUGUUGAACAGAAGCUCUCCCAGAAUCCAUGCUUUGGCGAGCGUUCACUCCUGUCACGUUUGAUACUGUUCUGUCUUUGUGGAAACUGUAAAUGGCAUUUUCUGUUUUGACAAUAAAACAUGAUCUUUGUGGUUCAGUGUGA